UGCCAGAUUAUAGUAUGCACCCAAAGCAAAAUAAAUUUUUUAAAAAAUAAGAUAGUAUAGUAUCAGCUUCAUAAAAUUAUUGCAAGAAAUUCACAUGAUAAUGUAUGUAAACACCUACCAUAAUACCCAUAAUGACACAGCCCAUGCUCAGUCAAGAUUAAUGAUCACCAUUACUAUCUCACCCACCCCUGGUGUUGAAUCUUUUUUACUUUCAUUGCUCCAAGUUGGUGGCUCAGACCUGACUCAUCAGCCCUUUUUCUUGCAGGAAGUUUUGCUAACCAACUUGGUCAACCUGUUGUUUCCAAAACCUUGGGGGAUAGAUUUUCAGCUCCAGCAGUGGAGACCCGUCCUAGCAUCUAGGGGGAGUGCCCACCAAAGUUUGCUACCAAGUUGGGCCGAGUUGUGGUCAAAGAAGGACAGAUGGGACGAUUCUCCUGCAAGAUUACUCACCGGCCCCAACUGUAGGUCACCUGGCUCAAGGGGAAUGUUCCACUGCAGCCGAGUGCCCGUGUGUCUAUGUCUGAGAAGAAUGGGAUGCAGCUUCUGGAAAUCCAUGGAGUCAACCAAGAUGAUAUGGGAGUGUACACGUGCCUGGUGGUGAACGGGUCAGGGAAGGCCUCGAUGUCAGCUGAGCUUUCCAUCCAAGGUUUGGACAGUGCUAAUAGAUCAUUUGGGAGAGAAACGAAAGCCACCAAUUCAGACAUCAGGAGGGAGGUGACCAAUGCAAUCUCAAAAGCAUCAAAACUGGACAGUCUGGAGGCUGCAGCCAAGAGCAAGAACUGCUCCAGUCCCCAGAGAGGUGGCUCCCCAGCCUGGGCCCCAAAACACCAGCCUCAGCCCCUGAGGGAGUCCAAGCUGGAGUCAUACAGGGACUCGCCCAGAAUAGCCCCGCAAACCCCGGUCCUUCAGAAGACUUCCAGCUCCAUGACCCUGCAGGCCGCAAGCGUUCAGCCGGAACCAAGAGCACCAGUCCUGGGGGCCCUAUCACCUUCUGGAGAAGAAAGAAGGGGCCAGCUGCUCCCCAUCCAGCCACCUUCUCCACCAGGCAGCCUGGCCUGGGAAGCCAAGACGUUGCGAGCAAAGUUGCUACCAGGAGAAUCCCCCCGGAGGACCAGAGGGAUGCAGCAUUCCCCAAAUUUGAGAGCAAGCCCCAAAGCCAGGAGGUCAGGGAAAAUCAAACUGUCAAGUUCAGGUGUGAAGGUGAGUAGAGCUAAUUAGGGUCACCAGUUGCCAGAAUGUAGCCCCUUGGUGGCCACUCCCUUCUUUCAGCACCCAGCUGGUCUGCACCUCCUAUAUCCACUCAUGUUCUUGGAGUAGCUCACCUAGAAAACCACCUUACAGGGACCUUGGACUCACUAUA